UUGGCAGUGCCCCGCCCUUUCUGCGGAGACUCUCCCCCUCGUUCUCCAGUGGGGAAAGUGUGGAGUGGCUUCUGCGGGGGCGCAGUCCUGCGCGUAGGUAGAGUUGAGCUGGGGGAACGCUUGGGUGGCUCAGCCAGACGUCCUCACCCCACGGUGGCCUCUGGGCCCCGAGUCGCAGACGGCAGGGGCUGGAGAGUGAUCCGUACGUGUGCAGCGCGCGACGCAGAUACCCCACCUUCUGCCUGUAUGUGCCCGGUGCUCCAGAGCGCUCCUUAUCUCCAGCGCCUCGCAGGGCCCUUCGUAAACGUGUGCUGAUGACAGCCCGGGUAUGGAGAGCAGCCUUUAGAAGACACCUAGUACAGCCCUCUCCCCAGGGUCUGAGGACAUGGCCAGAAGGGCUCUCAAGCUUGCUUCAUGGACCAGCAUGGCUCUUGCCGCCUCUGGCCUCUACCUCUACAGUAACAAGUACUUCGACCCUAAUGACUUUGGUGCUGUCCGGGUGGGCAGGGCAGUUGCUACGACAGCUGUCAUCAGUUAUGACUACCUCACAUCCCUGAGGAGUGUCCCCUAUGGCUCAGAAGAGUACUUGCAGCUUCGAUCCAAGGUGCACCUGCGUUCUGCCAGGCGCCUCUGUGAGCUCUGCUGUGCCAACCGGGGCACUUUCAUCAAGGUGGGCCAGCACCUGGGGGCUCUGGACUACCUGCUGCCCGAGGAGUACACCAGCACGCUGAAGGUGCUGCACAGCCAGGCCCCGCAGAGCAGCAUGCAAGAGGUCCGCCAGGUCAUCCGCGAGGACCUGGGCAAAGAGAUUCAUGAUUUGUUUAUGAGCUUUGAUGAUACCCCUCUGGGGGCCGCCUCCCUGGCUCAGGUCCACAAGGCGGUGCUGCAUGAUGGGCGGACGGUGGCCGUGAAGGUCCAGCACCCAAAGGUGCAGUCUCAGAGCUCAAAGGACAUUCUCCUGAUGGAGGUGCUUGUCUUGGCUGUGAAGCAGCUGUUUCCAGAGUUUGAGUUCAUGUGGCUGGUGGAUGAAGCCAAGAAGAACCUGCCUUUGGAGCUGGAUUUCCUCAAUGAAGGGAGGAACGCUGAAAAAGUGGCCCAAAUGCUCAAGCACUUCGAUUUCUUAAAGGUCCCCCAAAUCUACUGGGAGCUGUCCACCAAGCGGGUCCUUUUGAUGGAAUUUGUGGAUGGUGGGCAGGUCAAUGACAGAGACUACAUGGAGAGGAACAAGAUUGACGUCAACCAGAUCUCAAGCCACCUGGGCAAGAUGUACAGCGAGAUGAUCUUUGUCAAUGGCUUUGUGCACUGUGACCCCCACCCAGGCAACGUGCUGGUGCGGAAACGUCCGGGCACAGAAAAGGCAGAGAUUGUCCUGUUGGACCAUGGGCUCUACCAGGUGCUCACGGAAGAGUUUCGCCUGGAUUAUUGCCGCCUCUGGCAGUCGCUGAUCUGGACUGACAUGAGGAGGGUGAGGAAGUAUAGCCAGCGCCUGGGAGCGGGCCACCUCUACCCCUUGUUUGCUUGUAUGCUGACAGCCCGGUCGUGGGACUCGGUCAACAGGGGCAUCGGCCAAACACCAGUCACCGCCACUGAGGACUCAGAGAUCCGCAACAAUGCAGCCAACUACCUCCCCCAGAUCAGCCAGCUCCUCAACGACGUGCCGCGCCAGAUGCUUCUCAUCUUCAAGACCAAUGACCUGCUGCGUGGCAUUGAGGCUGCCCUCAGCACCCGUGCCAGCUCCAGCUCCUUCCUCAGCAUGUCACGUUGCUGCAUCAGAGCACUGGCUGCGCACAAGAGGAAGCGUACCUGUUCGUUCUUCAGAAGGACCCAGAUCUCCGUCAGCGAAGCCUUCCGCUUAUGGCAGAUCAACCUUCAUGAACUCGCACUGCGUGUGAAGGGGCUGAGGCUGGCUGGCUGGCUCUUGGCCCUGCUCUGCCGGCUGUUGCCUGCUCCACACUGAGGACUCGCUGCUCCUCCUUUCUGGGAGUUUGAUCUUCUGGGAUGUGGGAAGCCAUCCUCAGUCCAUACAUUAGAACCCAAAGGAUUUCUGAGCAACAGCCGGAUCUCCUCUGACAGUGUUCAGCUUGGAAAGCUACAGCAUGGAACUAGAGGGCUCCUGGGCUGGGAGUCCAGAGAACUGUGGGUGCUGGCUGGCUGGUCACUUAGGGCAAAUGUCCUCCUCCCUCACCCUCUUGUUUCUCAACUGCAAAUUAAGGAGACUGGGUUACAUAAAUGUUUCUGGAGGGGGUGGUGCUGGUCCCCCCCCACCCCCAGGUACUUUUUGGAGAUGUGUGGAGACAUUUUUAGUGAUCACAAUGACUGGGGGUAUUUUCUGGCAUCAAGCAGUGGAGUCAAGGACACUAGAUGUAUUCCUAUGCAGAGCACAGUCUUCACUAGACAAGGAAUUUUCCUGUGACCUGUGUGAUUUCCAGAUGCCUCACAGGAUAUUCACGUGGUGAAAGUACUGAUGAGUAAACCCUUAUGAUCCUUCUAAUGAACUGAACUACAAACCAUCUCUGUUUUACAUGUAAAGGCAAAGCAUUUUUGCAUGGUUUUAAUACCCAUUGAAUUCUACAGGAAUGCAAUCACCAGGAGAAUUGAUGGAUGAUUUGUUUUCCUUAGGAUUAUUGUUCACCAGUUUAGAAAAACACAUAACCAAUGGCAAUGUGGAAUCUGUGUUUGAAUGGCCAGUGUGACCCACCUAUAUCAUAUUAAUCUGACUUAAAAAAUUAUAUAUAUACAUAACUAUAUAAUGAAGUGGAUUUAUAUUAUGAUGUGAAAUCCACAGAAACUAUAAUAUACCUACACAACUAUAUAUAUAUUGUUGGGUCUGAUCGGUAUGAAAACCACUGGUCUAAAGAUGCCCUAAAGUUCCUUUUGCUCGAACACCUCUGAACCUGUGAGAGUAGAAAAGAGAUUCAUGUGGCAUGAAAAGUGGAAAACACUCAGCUGUAGAAACAGAUCAAGGCAAAUGAAUGUCCCCCGAUUGACCGAGUCCACUGCUUGAGAGUGCCCACCACUGCAUAGACCUGGGACUGUAGUGAAGUCCUUGAUUUUGGACUCUGUUCAAAUGGGAUUCAGGAUCGGAACCUGCUAGUUAACACAGCCAGGUGAAUCUUUAUUGUUGGCAGAGAGUCCAGCGCAACGUGCACCUGCUGUACAUGGAAUCUUUUCUCAUAGCUCCUUAAUUUCUAUCAGCAAACCUUCCUCUAACCCCGUUUUCAGGAUGUAAUUUUAGUAAAAUUCAACUUGAACGGCACCAAAUUACAUAAUUAAUUACAUUCAGCUUCAAUUACAAUCACUAAUUGAUCAAAGCCUGCUAGCACAACACGUUCAUUAUUUGGCACACAAUUAUUGAGUGCCUACUUUAUGCUGAGAAUAAAGUAGAAAACAAUUUCUCCUGAGGAGGGAAGAUGGGGGUGGGGGUUAGGAUUGUCAUGAAAGGCCUCAUAGGGACAAGGGGUAGUAGUCAAGGAUUUGGUGGGGGAAGUGGCAGGUGGGUAAGUCCACUGGCUUUCUAGUUCACUUAUGAAUGGUUAUAUGCUGAAAAUCACGUGGGCCACACUCUGGGAUCAGCAGGAUAGUUUUGGCACCACGUCACACAUUGUAGUCUCUAGGUCUCUAGUUUUCUUUCCUUGACUGUCAGAUAAUAAUUGGUUAAGAAAUUAGUAGAUGCAAUGAACACCUGCCAUCUAAGGUACUCUUAAAUGACCUCACUGGGUCUUUCUACUCUUAACCCUCUCUGGGCUUUUUCCUGUCUCUCUGCAGUCAAAGGCCUGCUACUCCUGGAUAUGCAGUCUUUUAAAGACAGAGUCUGAUUUAGCAGGGCUGGGUGGGGUCUGAGAUUCUGUAUUUCCAUCAUGCCCCCAAGGUGAGAUUUUUGCUGCUGGUCUGCAGACCACAUUCAGAGCAGCAUAGUACUGGGUCUGCUAGAUCACCCUUCCUUCAGGUGCUAUUAUUCCUUGAGGGAGAAGGCAAUGCAGAGUUAUUAAACACCUAGUUUCCAGAGAGUGUACAGUCAUGCUUCUCCCAGAGCAGUGCCAUUACUGUCAGGUUGCACUGGGGGUCACGUCCUCCCUGUCCUUCCGUGUUCUUGUUACAGGACAGGGCAUGUUUUACUUCUCCUGGUAGUAGUUGUAUUAAGUAGCUUACUAAGUGAGUUCACAUACAGCAAUGAAGGUGACAUGUCCCAGGGGUUGGUUAGGCCUUUGUUAAGUGAUUUAUCCAUGUAAUACUUCCCUUUCCACCUAGGAGUUGCUGGGUCCUACAAAAAACGGAGAGGAAAGGUAAAGAACUAUAUGCCCUGGGGUGGGGGAGGCAGGCAUGCAGUGUGAACUGCACCCCAUGUGGAGCAACCUGUCGGGUGUCUCUGUUCUGGGGACGCUAAGGGCCAGCAGGGCUGGCUUUGGGGUGAUUGUAUGUCCACUUUACCUGGGAUGCGGGCAGUCUUGUCCACUUGGGAGCUUGAGUGGGAGGGCCUUUGGGAACAGCCUCUGAGUUUCAUCCUGCCCACUACCCCUCCUCAGCUUCCAGGGUAACUGAGGAAUCUAGCUGCCAGACUGAAAAAAGGACAGGGGUGCUGACAAUUGGGCUGUUUCUCAAAAUGAAGAGCUGUAAUCACGUCUGUUGUCAUGGAAGCGGGUCUGAUGCCGGCUCAUCAGGCUGAGAAUCCCUGGGCUGUGGGACUCCUUCUCUUCCCCACCUCUCCCUUCCCUCUGCAGCACAGCCAGAGCACUUUGCCAGGAAGUGCCGCUUAGCCUCCCCACCCGGGCUCCCUAACCUGUGCUCCAGAGCAGUGUCCUAACUCUCACAUGGAGGCUGGGGUCAGGAAGGCCAUGGGACCUCCCCACUUCAGACUCAGGCCCAGUCAGCCAGGAGGGAGACAUUUCAUUGUAGUCGUUUCUCCCCUGCUCUCCUGAGUCCUCAGGGUUUCUGUGGGGCCAAGACAUCCAGAGGGGCCACUUGUCUUUGAUGCUGUGCAGCCACACAGGCAUCCCUGGACUGUGCUGGUCCUAGGUCAGUUUGAGCCACUGCCUGCCUUUCCUGGAGAAGGUUCCCUUGUGGCCUCCUAAUGCUGUGAUCGCCUGUGUGAUGGCCUCCAUCCUCCCUGAUCCAUCCCAUCAGCACUGCCAUGACUUCUCUGUGGAAUUUUGUUCCUGAACCAUGCUGGGGCUUGGGGAAGCUCUGAGACCAUCUAGGGUCCAUUUCUCUCUGGGGUCUUGCCUCCAGUCCAGAGGCAACUCUAUAGUCGCAGAGGAAAUGGUCACAGUGUCCUCCAACCUCACACCUCUCUGGACCCUUGAGAUUUAAAAUAGGAGCAAGGAAGAGGGUACAGGGCUCCUUCUCUGGGACCCAGUGAUGUGUCCCCUCCUCCCAUGCUGGAAAAAAAUUUUGUAGUUGGAAUUGGGUGGGUGGGGGGCAGUGGAGGGUGCAGAGGGGAGGAGGGAAUCUUGCUCUUACUCCUCAUGUUUUCUCUCAAACCCUUUACUUUUGAGUCUAUUGCAUUCCCUGAAGAAGAUCCAAAUAGUUAGCUUUUUGAAAUCCAAAUCCAGUAAGAGAUUCCCUCCAUCCACCUUCCGCAGUCUUCUCUUCCCAGGCAACAAGCAGAGAGAAGCCUGGUU